AUGAGUACAACACCAGGCACAUAUGCUUGUGGUGCAUGUACAUAUAUUCAAUCUAUAAAACGACCGACAUGUGAAAUGUGUGGUACGCCUAAUCCAAAUUUUGUUGAUCCAACCAAUGGAUCAGAUGUAGGAGCAGCCGCAGCAGCAGCCUUGUUUGGUUUUACAACAGCUAAUCAAGUGAUUGAUUGUGUUCACUGUGGUUAUAUUAAUAUUGGUGAUCAUAUUCCAAUCUGUCAAGGCUGUGGACAGAAUCCGAAUGAGUUACCUCGUUUAUUUACAAAUUUUGGUACGGAUUCUGACAAUGAAGAUGUUAGUGAUGAACAUGAAGAUGAUGAUAAUGAUGAUGAUGACGACGUUAUAAUGGUAGAAAAUACUGAAGAGUCACAAAAACAAGGUUCAUCUGGAAAAGCUGCUGCUGCUGUAGAAAAAGGACUAGAUAAUAGUCAAUUAUUACCCUAUUUUAAUCAAUAUUUAUUAAUAUUAAGAGAUCAACAACAACAAUGUCAAUCACUUACAAUAGAUUAUUUAAAUGAUUGUAUGACUGAACUUUUUAAUAAACUUGAAUAUAAAAAUGAUGAAUCAGAUGGUCAAUUAACUUUUCCUAAUUGUCAAGUUUGUUAUGAUGAAGAUGCGCCAAUGAUUACAAUGAAAGCUUGCGGUCAUUGUGUAGUUUGUACUGAUGAUUUUAAUCGAUAUUUAUCUGUACGUAUUCGUGAUGGAGAUAUUCUUCCAUGGAUUCCAUGUCCAGCUGAAUCAUGUUCUGUUCCAUGUCAUGUAGAAAAUAUAAUUGACGAUGGUAAUUUAACAUAUUCUGAACUAUUAUUAUUUCUUACAACAUAUAUGUUAAAAAAAUUAUGUCGUAAUGAAAAUUUUAUAACAUGUGUUAAAUGUGAAAAAGGUGGUUUUCUUCAAAUGGGUCCACCAAAAAAACAACAAGUUACAUGUCCUAUAUGUAAUGAAAAACAAAUCAUUGAAAAAGGUACUGAUGGUGAUCUUGAUCUUGCUUUUAAAAAAAUGAUUAAAUCAGGACAACUACGUGAAUGUCCAACAUGUCGUCAUUUAACUUUAAAAGAAAAAGGUGUAUGUAAUAUAAUUGAAUGUGCUAAAUGUGGAAUAUGGUGGAAUUGGAGAACUAGAGAACAAGGACAUAAUGGUAAAGAUUUAAAACAACGUGCUCGAGUGAAUGGAACACUUUGGGAACCCGGUGAACUUCGAUAUCAACAAGAAUUAGAAGCACGUAAUCCAAAAAAAUUUAAAGCUUUAUUAGAACGAAAUGGAAUUAAAUAUGAUCCGAAUUAUGUACGAGGUGGUUGGGAUUGA